CCGAUGUGAUGCCUAAUGCAGUAAUGUGUAUCCCCGGUAACGGAAUCGGGGGGUCCCAAGUUCCGAACGGGACAACGUUGGUAGCAGAUAGCUCCGUCUUUGAUGAAGCAAUUAUGAUCUAAUGACGAUCAACAUGGAUCAGAAAAGGUCUAUAUAAGAGAUAUCAAUUCGAAAUCAUAAGGAAAUGUGUUCAUGUAGCAUCACCAUCAAACCAGUUAACUAUACAGCUAACUCAAUAAUAAAUAUCAAAGACGAUCAUCAAGAACAAAAUCCAAUACCUGCAGUUUAACGUCCAAUUCCAUCACAACAUACUGUACAAACAAGCACAUUAAACCUCAACGUCCACAAUCAUGGCUGGUGCAAAGGCUCUAGUUGCCCAAUCCCUCACGCCCGACGGCAUUAAAGUCGUAGAAAGGGAUAUCCCCACCGCAAUCCCGGGGACAGCAGUAGUCCGAGUCCUCGCAGCAGCUAUCGGGCCAGGCCACGGGUACCUCGCGACGCACGAAGUCCCCGGCUUCUCCUUUCCCGUCCCCAGCGUCUACGGCAGCAACGCCGUCGGCCGCGUGGUAUCAGUAGGGUCAGAUGCCGUCAGCAUCAAGGAAGGCCAACUUGUCGCCAUCGACCCGUUCACAACAGCACGAGAUGACUCUAACGCCGAGAUCAUCGUGGGAUUGAUGGAUAGCGGCGAGAAGAAGGCGCAGAAGCUAGCUCGCGACACGUGGAGAGAUGGGUGCUGGCAAUCACAUGCCGUCGUCCCACUCGAGAACACAGUCCCGUUAGACGAAGAUGUCCUCGUCGGUAAACACGGGUACACGGUCGAGGAAUUAUCCAUCAUCCUCCGAUUUGGCGUUGCUUAUGGCGCUAUUUCCAACGUCGACAUCAAGGCCGGCGAGACUGUUAUCGUAGGGCCUGCCACGGGUCAGUUCAGCGGCGCCGUGGUUGAGAUCGUGUCCGCACUCGGGGCCCGCGUGAUUGCGCUCGGUCGUAACCAGGCCACGCUGGCUACGCUGCAAUCCAAAAUCCCUCGCGUCGAGACCGUGGUGGUCACAGGCGAUGUGGAGAAAGACGCCCAGUCAAUCCAGGCCUUCGGUCAAGCCGACGCCUUCAUUGACUGCACGCCACACACCGUGCACAGUCAGCCCAGCCAUAUCCAAAGCGCCGUACUAUCCCUUCGCAAGCGAGGCCGGAUUGGUUUGAUGGGCGCGAUGUUCGCCAAUAUCAGUCUCCCCUAUUCCUACAUGAUACUCAACAGCCUGCAAGUCAAGGCGAAAUGGAUGUACACGAGGGAGGAGAUCAGGAGACUUGUCAAGAUGAUCGAGGUAGGGACCUUGAAGAUCGGGAAAGAAGCGGGACACCGGGUGUACGGGAAGUUCAAGCUCGAGGAAUAUGAGAAGGCCUUUGAGGCUGCGCAUACACAUAGUGGUUGGGGUGCGCUUGUGGUAUUCACCCCUUGAGCUGUACAAGUAUAGACUAGAAGCCCUUCAUCUACGAUAGACGAUUCAUCCUCUUCAUAGACUAAGCUAGAUACCCAACGGUAAUAUCAAUAGACAUAACUAC